GUUAGUACCUUUUUGCACAGUACGUGCUAACAUAACAUUGACCAAUACCGAAGAACUGAGAUGAUAGUUGAUGCUUACAUUGGGUGACACUUGUGUUGGUUGGUAUCCUGGUCCAAGUGUGUCUUGGUGUCUGCUUAACAGCAAAUAUAUACUACUGGUGCGUCGUUACUAAAAAAUAAUUCCAAGGACGGAAAUCAGCGGAUAAAGUGCAAAAAUUGGCAAGAAUGAUAUUAUGCUGUAUUAGUGUGCUUUCCAAUAUAGUUAACAAUAGAUAACAACAACAGGUCAUGGCAUAUGUCAAUGUUGCGGAAUGGAAAACUGUACAAGUUUGUGAAUGGUUAAAAGGUCUUGACAAUUCCGUACUUCCUUAUGUGCACAGUUUUACAAAUAAUAAAGUUAAUGGACAACAAUUAUUAAAUUUGAGACCGGAAGAUUUAGAACAAUUAGGAGUAAUUAAAUUGGGGCAUCAAGAAAUAAUAAUAGAAGCUGUUGAGUACCUGAGAAAUUUUCACUAUGAGUUGGAUCGUGAAAAUUUACAAUUAUUGGCAUUACGUCUCUCCUGUCAAGCUCACAGUUUACACAAUGAACUGUGCAGACAAACAGAUUCUAAACCACUUAAAACGCAAACACUGUCUGAUGUUGUUGGGGUAAUGAAAACAGUUAAACCUCUGGUAAGAUGGCUUGAUCGUUCUCCGUUUAGCGGACAAUUGGAUUAUAAUGAUAAAAAAAAUCAGUUAUUAAAAUUGUCCAUUGAAAUAGCUACUUGUGCUCAAAGAGAUCGAUUUGCUGAGAAACCAAUUGAAGAAAUAAGAAAUUCAUGUGGUGAAUUGGCUAAACUUGCUGAUUAUAUUAUACAGGAUAUGACUGAUCCGAUGAUUUUACAACCAGCGAGUUUAGAUUUAGCAACAUUAAAAAAAAGGCCUGGUGAUGAAUUAGGAUUUUACAUUUUACCAUCAUUUCAUGGUUCUCAUCAAAUUGCUGAAAUAAAAUUUAGCUCUCCAGCCCAUCAGUGUGGUAAAAUGGAAGAUGGUGAUGAAAUUGUUCAAGUUAAUUAUCAAACAGUAGUUGGUUGGGAAAGGAAAAAUGUUAUUGAAUUAUUUAAUGAGAGUCAUGCUGAAAUUUUAUUAACAUUGAAACGCCGUCCAAGACACACUAAAGUUUAUGGCCAAAUUUAUAUUAAACCCUAUCGAUUACCGAGUAAUAAAAAAACAUCUUAUACUACAAGAUGGCAACAUAAUCUUCCAUCACCACGACCAGAGCUACUUACCAUACCAGAUUUUGCAAUGCCAUUACCAAAACACGUUACACCGAAAGAUCCAAGCCCAGAACCGAAAAAUAUUAUUGAUACGGUCAGUAUGUCAGAUACCAUGGCUACAGAUAGCAGUGAAUCUGACAGCGAAGUUGAACCGGCAUUAUCGGCGCGUUUAUACGCGUCAAAACCCAGAAAUUUAGUACAACGUCGAGCAACAAUAACAGGAGCCAGUCCAACAUCAAAACAUGCUGUUGAUAUUGAAUUAUUUUGGAGAGAAUUGAAACAAGAGCACAAUACGACAUUUCAGCUUCGUGAUAAAGCGGCUUCCUGCGCCCACGGGCUUGAUAGUGUUCCAACCUCCGGUAGUUUACGGCCACAAACAUGCUUAGGCAUUGAAGCUACCAAACGUAAAAAAAAAUCUGAUGAAACAAACGAUGAUAAUAAUAUUAAAAAAAUACAAUUACCCAAAAAAUUAUCGUCAACUGAAAGUGGUUCAUUGACUAAAAUAAAUAAUAAUAAUGAUACACUGAAUAAUCAUGACAUUAACAACUCUGAAACUAUUGAAAUUUUUAAAAAUAAUACUAUUGAUAGCGAUAAAAAUAAUAGUGAUAAUACUGUGCCUUGGAAAACAUCCAAAGAAAUUAGUACUAGUUGUACCAGUAGUGAUAGUAGUAAUUCUAGUGUUGAUAAUAAUAAUAUUAAUAUUAUUAAUGAUUUAAAAGUAUUGCAGAUUAAUAAUAAUGACUUGGAUAAUCAUAAUAACAAAAAUCGUGAUAAGAGUGACAGUACUCUUACCUAUGAUUUGACAAAAUCAUCUUCACCACCAACAUCAUCAUCAAAUGCAACAACAACAACAACAACACCUAACACAUCUAACAGUGAUAAUUGGGAUAAGGAAUUAAAAAUUGAUUCAACUAAUGUUAAUUGUUCUACGUUAAAUAAGACUGAUCCAAUAAUUUUAUCGGAAGAAAAUUUUUCAGAUGUCACUUGGGAAAAAGAAAAUUUAGAAAAUAUUAAAAAUAAUAAAAAAGUGAACACGAUUGAUAAUAAAACAAUAAAUGAUGAUAAUAUGAAUAAUGAAUCUCGGGCAAUAAUAACUACAACUAAUAAUUUAGAUGACAAUACAACAGAUUAUGAAAAUAAUAAUGAAUAUGUGCCUACAGAAGCUAGUAAUUAUGGAUUAUCAUCCAGUGAAUCGACUAUUAAAUUAUCAGAUAAUAGUAGUAUAAGUCGUGAAAGUAGUCAAGAUAAAUCUGAAUCAGCUAGCAGUUAUUUAGAAGAAGGUAUUUACAGCAAUAGCAGUAAUAGCAGUUGUAGUGAGGCUCAAAUUUUAAAAUCCAUAUCGGAAAAUGACUCUGUUUAUUCUGUUAAAUCUGACAUUGUUAAUAUUGAAGCUCAACUAUCGUCAAAUAAUUAUACAGACGAGUCAGCAAGUACUCAAGUGUCUUUUAAAUCUUGUUCAUCGCCCAAAAUAUCUCCUGAAAAGUUUAUUGAUAAUGAAAAUUUAAAUUCAGCUGUUAAAGUACGACAAACUCCACCUGAACCACCACCUCGUAAGUAUUUUACUAAAGUUCCACCAUUGUUGCUGAUAAAUGUUACUCCAAAUAUUGCUGAAAGAAAUGAAAAAUAUGAAAAACCAGAAAGGCCUGAAAGAUCUGAUACUAGACGUGAUAAUUAUAUACCUUAUAAUCAACACAGAGAUUUUUAUGAUGGAUACCGUAAUUUUGUUGAAAAAUCAACAGAUUUUAUAGAUACAGAACAACAAAGUAUUACAUCUGAAACAGAUAGAAGUAUUAAUUUGAAAUAUAACACUGAUAAAUAUCAAUUAUUUUCGGAUAAAUUUUUUAAUAAUUCAAGUUUAUCAGAUUUAAAUAAUGGACAAGAAUCAGAAUCAGCAGUAACAGUUAUUGAUUCACCAGAUGGUGCAAGAUUUUCACAACAAACUCAAAUAAUAAAUUCAAAGUCUCGUACUCUUGAAAAAGAUAAAAAAGACUAUGAAAAAGGUGUUGUUAAUAGAGCAAUGAUGGUAGCAAGAAGUAUGGGAUUACACGGUGGAUCGAAGCUUUGUUCAUCAAGCCCUAAAAGUACUAGAAAACGUAAUUUAUUGCUAGCAAAAAGAAGAAAUGUAUCUGUCAGAGAUAUCGGAGUCGGAGAUUUAGAAGGAUGGCUUACUUAUAGAAGCAGAGGUGCUGGUGGUGCUUGGGCUCGUUCUUGGUUUAUAUUGAAAGGAUCAUCUUUGUAUCGAUUUAAAAAUAAAGACAGUAAUAAAUCUGAUUGUUUAAUAGCAUUACCAGGUUUUACAGCAUCACAAGCAUCUGAAGUUAAAUCAAGAAAGUAUGCAUUUAAAGUUUAUCACACUGGUACGGUAUUUUAUUUUGCAGCCGACUCUGAUGAUUAUCUAUCGCUUUGGUUGGACUCGAUAAACAGAGCGACUUUAGGCGCUGAUGCUCACAAUCGUACCAGUGGUUUAUUUAGUGAAACAGAUGAGAGUGAUACUGAGACUAACAGUAAAACUAAACAAAAAGAUUCAUUAUCAUCGGACAGUAGUAAGAUACAUUUUGGAUCAUUGAAAAAAAUUGGUCGAAAAGAUUCUAAUGGUUCUAAUAAAAAUCAAGAAACCGGUGGUGCUAGCUUAGACAGAAAAUAUUUGAGAUUUUUAGGAUCAAAAACUCCUAAUUUACCAGUACCAACAGCUCAAUUUAGAAGUUACAGAAGAGUACUACCAUCCUCAUCAUCAACGCCAAAUAAAAAACCCCAACAACAACAGCAUCAACAACAAUUACCACAACAACCAGUCCAAAAUUCUUUGGAUUUUCCCGUUACUGUUGCUGGUAGUAGCACAUUUUAUGGUUUAUCUUGCUCACAAAAUCCUAUAAACUCACAAAAUAUUCCUCAUGGUAGCAAUAGUAGUCAAGAUAUGGGUGAUUAUCGUCAAACAUCAGAGAGAUUGUAUUCUACUUCAAAUAGAAUCAGGCCAGAUGAUAGAAGUGUUAUUACUCUUGAAGAAUUUAUGCUCUCGCAUCAAAAUGAAAAUCAUUCUCGUCCAUCCAAUAGCAAUAAUAAUAGAUCAGCAUCUCCACGAUCUAUUUCUUCAACCCAUGAUUAUCUUAAUCAUAAUAAUAAUAAUAAUAAUAUUAGUAGUAGUAGUAGUAGCGGACAAAAUUACAGUUUCAGUGGUAAUGGAUUCGCUACCAAUGGAAUGAUCUAUGGACAUCCUAGAAAUGGACACGAGUCACCAAUUAGUGUCAAUAGACAGUUUUACAACAAUUAUCCUGAUAAUUCAGAUGAAAAUUCAAUACCUGAACACCAAAUAGAUAGUAAUUAUGGACCAAGAUUUUCCCAUGAUUUUAAUACUUCGAGUGAUGAAUAUUCUUCACGACCUUCACCAUUGCCACGAAAAUUAAAUGAAUUUACUGGUGCUGGUAAUAGCUCCAGAAGUGCUAAAAAAUUACAACAUCAAGAAGGAAUAGUUUAUUAUCCAAAUAAAUCAAAUGAUUUUUUAUCUUGCAGUUAUAAUAAUAACACUAGCAAUAAAUCAUUUGAAUCAGUUUAUUCACGAGAUUCAAGUAGUAGUAGUAGUUUAUUAAACAGAACCAGAUCCCAAAAUGUAAAUAACUCAGGUACACCAGAAAAUAGUGUUAUUAAAAAAUUCAACUCUCUCAAUAGAAGUAACAAUGAUUCACCAUCAUCAUCAACUAUUUCCCAGUCAGCAUCACGAAUAUUUUUAAGAGACAACAAUUGUUAUUCAGGAUCAAGUGGUGAUUUGAGCUGCUGUACUCCAUCAUCAGAAACAUUUGAACGAGCGAGAAAAGAAACUUUAGUCAGUAGAAAAGCCAGUUUUAAUUUAAAUGAUAGACGACAUGAUAACUAUUCUUCUUCUUCUUCUCCUCGCUCUGACAAAUACUGGUUAACAGAUUCAUUCAAACGUUCAGACAACAAAAGAAUAUCCACCGCUGCUAAUGAAAUAUCUCGAUUAAAAAAUGUUGCUCAAUACCAACCACCUCCUAUUCCCACGAGCCCAUUCGAGCAAGAUGGUAUGAAAGCUGCAUUUGAAAUGCAUCUUGAUAAAGAGCACAUACAAAAAUCCAGCAGCAGCAGCAGAUUGAAAAGUUUUUUUGGGAAUAAAAAUUCACAAAAACCUGCAACGCUUGAUAUUUCAAAGGAACCACAGAAAACUUUGUUAGGAUCACCAAAACUUCAUCGGGUAUUAUUUCGUGAAAAAAAUACAAACCAACGGCAAGUUAGUGGUAAAUCACACGGGUCAAAUUCUGGUAAUUCUAGUGGACCCAAUCAGUCUUUAACUUACAAUCAGUCUCAUCUUUACUAUAAUCAGAGUAUCAGCUCUGCUAGUUCAAUUAUGAUGAACGAUUGGAGACCCGAUACACCACCAAACAAUAACUACAAUACAGAAGAGUGUCCUUCGAAUCAUCCAUUGUGUCAAAAACGUCCAUCCAACAGCAGUAAUACCAGCAUUAGUAAUUCAUCAUCGAUUCCACCGCCAACUUUGCCGUAUAUCCCACCGCCAACUUCACCACCACCGCCUGAUGAUUAUCCUGGCUUGGAAUAUCCUCCAGUAUUCGAACCAGGGACUUACACUUUGUCAGAUGCAUCAUUACUUCGAACUCGUAACAAUAAAAGUCGUCGGGGUAGUAAUCAACACCCGAAAGAAUCAUUUUAAUUGCAUAAAUUAACAAAUAAAUAAUUAAAAUAAUAGCAAUAAUCCUAUAUGCUAUAGUCAAAGUAUUAUUUUAAAGCAAUAAUAUUCAUUUUACAACUAAAAUUUGUUCAAAAAUAUACUAGA